AUGGAAACACCGACGGAGAAAUUCGUGGCUUCACGACCAUCAACGACAGAUUCUCCGGCGAAGAGAGGUUGUGGUUUGGCUAAUCUGACAUGGGUUGGUGUAGACAAGGAAGAGCUACGUCAGAGGUUGAUGAUGCCUGAAUAUCUCCGUGUCGCUAUGCGUGACUGUAUUAAACGGAAAGAUUCGACGGCGAUUCCUGAUCAUUUGCUUCUUCCCGGUGGAGCCGUCGCCGAUAUGGCUCCUCAUGCUCCGAUGAUUGUUUUCAUCAAUCCAAAAAGUGGUGGUCGUCAUGGUCCUGUUCUUAAAGAGAGGCUUCAACAGUUGAUGAGCGAAGAACAGGUGUUUGAUCUGACUGAAGUGAAGCCUCAUGAGUUUGUUCGAUACGGGUUGGGGUGUUUGGAGACAUUUGUUGCGGAAGGAGAUGAAUGUGCAAAAGAAUGCAGAGCAAGGUUACGGAUUAUGGUUGCAGGUGGUGAUGGUACGGUUGGUUGGGUUCUUGGAUGUCUUGGAGAGCUUAACAAAGAAGGGAAAUCGAUUCCUCCUGUUGGCGUUAUCCCUCUCGGUACAGGAAAUGAUCUCUCAAGGAGUUUUGGUUGGGGUGGUUCGUUCCCUUUUGCGUGGAGAUCCGCUGUUAAAAGAACACUUCAUCGCGCAAGUAUGGGUCCAGUUGCUCGACUAGACAGCUGGAAGAUUUUAGUGUCAAUGCCAACUGGAGAAGUCGUGGAUCCUCCGUAUUCUUUAAAACCAGCUGAGGAAAAUGAACUUGAUCAGGGUUUGGACACGGGAAUAGACGCACCUCCAAUGGCAAAGACCUAUGAAGGCGUGUUCUACAAUUACUUAAGCAUAGGUAUGGAUGCUCAAGUUGCUUAUGGUUUCCAUCAUCUCCGCAACACUAAACCAUAUCUUGCUCAAGGCCCUAUUUCAAACAAGAUUAUUUAUUCGGGGUUUGGUUGCACUCAAGGUUGGUUUUGCACGCCUUGUGUCAAUGAUCCAGGUUUAAGGGGACUUAGGAACAUAUUGAAAAUCCACAUCAAAAAGGUUAACUGUUCUCAAUGGGAAGAAAUCGCAGUCCCGAAAAAUGUGAGAUCAGUUGUCGCAUUGAAUCUCCAAAGCUAUGGAAGCGGAAGUCAUCCGUGGGGUCAUUUAAAACCGGAUUAUCUAGAGAAGAGAGGAUUUGUGGAAGCACAUUGUGAUGAUGGUUUGAUAGAGAUUUUCGGGUUCAAGCAAGGAUGGCACGCGUCAUUUGUCAUGGCUGAGCUCAUCUCUGCCAAGCACAUAGCUCAGGCUGCUGCGGUUAGAUUUGAGCUAAGAGGCGGUGAUUGGAAAGAUGCAUUCUUGCAAAUGGAUGGCGAGCCAUGGAAGCAACCGAUGAACACCGAUUACUCGACAUUUGUGGAGAUAAAAAAAGUUCCUUUUCAAUCUCUUAUGAUAAAUGGUGCGUGA